AUGAGGUACAGAUCUGUUUGCACGGGCUUGCUGUGGCUCGUGGCUCUAUGCUCAGGCGCAAGCCCUUUACAGAACUCGCUCUCUUCAAGCUGCGACCUCGUGUCUGUCCAGUCCUAUGACGAAAUCACGUCAAAGUACUCGGACCUCCUUGCUCCAGACUCGACGCGGUGCGUGCUUUUUCGGAUCAAAGAAAGUCAGACCUUCCUCACCCGGAAAGGACGAAGGAAGUGGGGACUCGACACGCCGGUCGAAAGCUUGGCGAAACUCGGCAGCUUGCGCCAGGACAGCACCCAGUGGUUGGAGUUCUUCUAUUCGGAUUUUGCCAAUUCGACAGCCACGGGCCUCACUCCCGUUUCCCUCUGCCACAGUGAGGUUUUGGGGGAGGGCAGUCUCGUGAGUUUCGAGACAAUCUUCAAUAGUGCGUCUGGCUUCGGGGGCGAGCUUACCGGGGACUUUGAUCUUUUCAAGCUAGCCGUCUCCACAGCCGCGGAGGUCACUCUUGAGAAAGCCACAAGCAUUGCCGUCAAAAUCCUAUGUGCCAUCAAGCCGGGGGAGAUAGGGCAGCUUUAUUUGACCAACACCCAGUACAUCUACUACACCCCAUGGUUUCGGACCAGGGGCUACGACUCCGUAACAAACCUGUUUAGUGACGGAGAUGAAUACUCGGAACGACCGAGGGAGCGCCGCAUCAUGAAAGGCGGGAUUGGGGAUUGGGUGUGUGCCUCCAGCUCGGUGGCCGAUUUGCAGUGCCACGGAACGAGUGGCCUCCGCUCGUUGUGGAAUCCGGGCGCAGCCUCCGAGCAAAGUGAAUGGAGAAAAGACGAAUUCUAA